GGAGAGAGAAUCCAAAUUCCUCCUCCUUGUACUCCCUCCUCCCUCCCUUCUCUUCUUCUAUACUCUUUCUUCUUCCCUUUUCUCUUCCCCUUGCCAAUUAGUGGAGAGCACGGAGAGUCCGGCUGAGAGAAUCACUUCCUUCAGCCCUCCCUCCGGUCGAGUCGAAUCCCCCUCCUCGAACUUGACGAUCCUCCUCAACUCGACGUUUGUUAGCUCAAACGGCGAACCCUUCGUCCCUGUCCGCCGGUGCCUUCCCGAUCCCCGGACCCCACGACGAAUCCCUCCCUGAUCCAGCUCCUGCCGGCUAGACGAGCGACAGUGUGAGGACAUCAUCUCGGAUUCUCUUCGAAUGAUACGAAAACUCUCCGUUUUCGUCUUUUGAUUGAUUUCGAGCCUGAUAGUUUGGUUUUUUCCAAGACUUUUUGACCGUCGUCCCGUUCCUUCUGGAUGACAUCUGAGAGUCGUUGAACGACCCUUCUCACAGUCUCCCUUUCAAUCCGCUUGGAGGUUCAUUCAGAACACGUUAACUCGUGGAGUCUUUCACUUUUUGAAGACUUCCUCCCGGCAUUCCGGCUCUCUUCCCAGCAAGACUUUUGUCUCGACGCUGGUGUCCACUCCUUAAUCGUUACCAACUACAACUCCAGUCAUUCAUUUCACCAACUAAUUUACGACGACUGUCAUUCUCUUAAUUCCGUCGUUACCUGAUCAGCCCCCGCUCUUCAGGUCCCUUCAUUCGGUAUUCAGCAAAGCUAAUCAACUCUCGCCCCUCAUUCACGGUCAACACUCAAGAACCUUCCGCAAUCAUGGAUUACCUUCGUCCUCGAUCUGGCUUCCAGCCUUGUGAGACAUUCUUCGUGGAGGAUGACUAUCGUCUUCGUCCCGAGAAGCAGGCCAAACAGGAGCACGAGAAACUCGUUGCUCGUGAGCGGCAAUAUGCUAUCGCGGAUCAACUGUCUAGACUCACCAGCGAAGAGCUUCGGGAUGAUGUCCUGAGCCACAUGCUGGAGAUGGAUGGCCAAACGCUCCCGGACGUUGAGUCGAUCGAUAUCCAAACCGAGAUUCAGUGGUUCAUGCGUCCGUACCUCCUUGACUUCCUGAUCGAGGCCCACACUGCAUUCCAACUCCUGCCGUCGACAUUGUUCCUGGCCAUCAACCUCUUGGAUCGUUACUGCUCCAAGCGUGUGGUCUACAAGCGUCACUAUCAGUUGGUUGGCUGUGCAGCUAUCCUCAUCGCUGCGAAGUACAAUGACAAGAAGGAUCGUGUUCCCACUGUCAAGGAACUGAAGUCGAUGUGCUGCUCCCUCUACGAUGACGACAUGUUCAUCCAAAUGGAGUGGCACGUUCUUCAGACCCUUGGCUGGACCAUUGGCCACCCGACUGUGGACAGUUUUCUGCAGAUUGCGGUUCUUGACGAGGUCUACGACCCUGAGGUGGAGCACAUGGCUCUGUACAUUCUGGAGAUUGCUCUAUUCCACCGUGACUUUGUCUCUAAGCCUUCGUCUGAGCUCGCUCGAGCUGCAUUGGCUCUGUCGCGCUGCAUCCUCAACCGACCCCAGCCUCGUCACAGCGACUGGGCCGCCCAGUAUGACUCGAUGACUCUUGUUGGCUUGUCCCAGCAGCUUCACCAGCCCUCUACUGUCGUUGCCCGAAAGUAUGCCUCGGCUCACUACUCGCGGGUCUCCAAGGUCCUGGAGCACUUCCUCAGCCGCCAGGCUUCAUUGGCUAACUAUGCCCGUUGCACCCCGCCGGUCGAGACUCCAGUGGAGUCCAAGCCGUACAACGGGGAGAUGGGCCUUGCCACCCCUCAGAAGUCUUCGCAGUUGAUUGCCGUUCCACACGGAUACCUCACCCCGCCUAUCACACCAGAGAACGUAGGGUUUGCUCAGGCCCAAAUGAAUAACCAUGACCUGAGCCGAGGUGUCCCCACUGUGCCCGGCUGCUCUCCAUCACCAACUCCUGAUGCCGAGAUGCAAUACAUGGCCACCGAUACCUACCAGCAGGAGGCCAUGUAUAUGCAGCAGCAGCAACUACAGCAGUUCCCGCAGCCUCAGAUGGCAGUGGACCCGACGUAUGUCGGUGGGAUUUAA